AUGGCUGCCAGAGCCCGUGGACGACGUGGGUGGCGACGUCGUCGGCGCGUUCGCACAGGUGGACGGCGACGUCGUCGGCGCGUUCGCCCAACAGCCCGUCAAGGUCGCCACGGGCCACCACGAGGCCGGCGGCGCGGCGGACGCGAGGCCGGUCGGCAGCCCGAGGGAGGCUUGGUCCACGGGAGGUCCUCGCAUGCGGGAGGCCUGGGGCGCCUCUGCGGCAGUCACGGUGGAGGAGCCAGCACUCUCACGGCGGAAGAGCCAGCACGCGCGGGCGGCCCGAGCGCGGGCUCCGACCAGCGCGGCCGUCAAAGCCUGGCGCCUCAGGGCGGCGGGCAGGAGGCCGAGCGCGAGCGACUCGAAGAUCUGAUCCGUCUGCGCUGCGUCUCGCUCCAGCAGGCGCGCCAGGACUACGACCUGCGCGCUCGGCGGAGCCAAGAGCUGGCGGCGCAGCUGCAGGAGCUGGAGGCGAGGCUGCACCAGUUCCCCCAGGACAGCGGCGUCGUCAUUUCCCGCACGCGCAGUAAGAUCCAGGAGCGUGCCGUCGAGUCUGGCCGUCGCGUGAUGUUGGGCGAAGACUGUCUCGGACGUGGCGCGCGGCUGCUUGGUGCACGUAUCGCGGAGGUUUGGCGGUUGCGAAGGUCGCUGGACGCGGUGCAGCACAGCAUCGAGCAUUUCGCCACCGCCAAACAGCUGGCCAUAGCGCCAGAGGAAUUGCAGGAGACCCUCGAUGACAAGCGCCGGGAGGUCUCCCGCAUGCAGUGCGAGGCCAGGCGGCAGGAUGAGCAAUUUGCCACGCUCCAGAGCGACUUGCGAAGCGCGCUGGACCUGAUGAUGCGCUCGCACAUCGACGCCGUCGGUGGCCCGGCUCAGGAGCUGGGCCCUGACGAUUUCCUACCCUGUGAUGUGAGGGAGCACCUGUGCUUCAGCCCGCAUGGCCUGGCCGUGGUAGCGGAUCUCUUCCAGAAGUACAAGGCUUGCAUGGCGAGUUCCGAGCCGAGGCCACGAAACAUGAUGGCCCCGGGCGAGCGGCCCACGGCCAGCUUCGAGGAGGAGGCGAAGUUGUUGCGGCAGAGGUUGCUGGAGGAGCUGCAGCAGGUGGCCGCCGUUCUCGGGCAAGAGAGCUCCGGCGAGCUUCUCAGGCACCAGACGGAGCGUGAGCUGCUCCGGGCCGCGGCCUGGGGCGACACUGACACCCUGGAGGAGCUGUUGCCAGUGGUUGCAGCGGCGUCGGCCGCGCCCGGCGACCCUGCGCUGCGAAGCUGGACCGCGUGGCACGCAGCCGCUGCGCACGGGCAGGCGGACUCGCUGCACACCCUCUACGAGCACGCCGCGCGCGAGCGGGUGGACGCAGGGCCCGCGCUAUCGCAGCAGACCGCCGCUGGUUUGCCGCCUUUGGCCGUCGCCUGCUUACAAGGCUACCCCGACGCCGUGGCUGCGCUGCUCUCCAUGGGCGCCCCGGUGGGCACGCCAGACCCGCGCGGCAACACUCCGCUGUUCUGGGCUGCUGCCAGCUCCGCUGACACCGAGUCAGUGCACAGGAUUGCCCAGAUCCUGCUGAACGCCCGCGCGAGUGCAGAUAAACGCAAUGGCAGCGGCCAGGCAGCCGGCAUCGCCGCUCAGGCGGCGUCCCUCUGCGACGGCUGGCCCCGAGACACGGUCACAGGCGCGGCUGCUGAAGAGGAGCUGGCGGCCCACGAGCCCUACUGCUGCAUACGCGCCGCUGGCGCACACGGCGAGGGCGGGGAGGGCCUGCUUGCGCAGGCGGCGAAGAGGCUGCGGCCGCCAGUGCGGGACUCUGCGGGUUUCCUGCGCAACCGCAGGGCGAGGGAGCAGGCUGCCCUGAGCGGCCCCGAGGCAGACCUCGGGUGCUGGUCGGAGGUCGUCACCGACUACACCCACGCUGGGCUCGCGCAGGGCGCCGGCGCAAGCCAGGCCCUGGUUCUCACCAGCGAGCGCUUGCUGCUCUUUGGUGCCAGGGACUGGGCGCUGCACCGCGCCGCCGGCCUCCAUGAGCUCUCCGCUGUGUUGCUGCCCGCCAGCUCUGGCAGCGUGCUGGUGCUGCGCUGCGCGCGUUGGCCAGACAUGGUGCUGGACGUGCCUGGCAGGGCGCGGCUGGCGGCCGAGCUGCGCCUAGCGCUGCGCACGCUGCAGCCGCAGCGGGACACCGCCACAUCGUGGCCUCCGUCGACGCCGCCGUCGUCCCACUGCUCGGCGCCAGCGGGGAACCGCUGA